AUGCAGAUCAAGAAGCUGCUGUUCGCUGCCUCCCUCGCAGCCACUACCGCUGCCCUCCCGGCCACCGAAUGUGCCACCGAAUCUGAGGCUUUUGGCAUUGUAGCCAUCCAUUCGGGCUCUGAUGUUCAGUACUCUAGCUUCAACGCUGCAAAGGGGACAAUUUUCGCGGGUUUGAAGAAACAGGGAGCCCGCUGCGCCCGCCCUAAGGAGCAGGACGCCACCUUCUACAUCAAGAACGGCGCUCUCUAUCUCUACGACACUUCUGCCACCCCCCAGGAGAUUUUCGUUGAUCGGUCCGGCAUGGGCCAAGGCGUCAUUGGCUACGACACCCUAGCCCAGGGUACUCCCAAGUACGGUGAACGCAAGGGGUGGGCUAUCAAGGAUGGCCACCUUCAGUUUGCCGGCAACCACCUGAUUGCUUGUCCCCAUAGUAUCGACGGUGCUUGGUCUAUCUGGGUCUCUGUCGGAGACGCAAACCCUGGUGAUAACAAAAACUGUGUGGGCAUUGCCGCGCGCAUUGAGAAGAUCUCAAACCCCAACGCCUGCCACUACACUGAGUAG